AUGUCGGCCGACAAGACAACGAAGAAGCCCUAUCCCGAGCUCGCCCCCUACGAUGCCUCGUACGGCUUCCCCCGCGAUCUUUUCGAUCCAUCAGCCUUGCCAAACUUCGACCGCGAUUACCUCGAUUCCGAAGACUUGAUCGCCUUCGAGACGGCGUUGCAGGCGCCUGAUCCCUUACAAAGCCCCAUCGACGACACAUCCAGCCUCAAGUCGCCGAGGAGCGUCAGUUCAGUCAAUUUGACCAAGAGAGAUUCGGUGGCUGGCAGCGUCCUGGAAGAUGACGUCGCCGCCGUCGCAGCAGCCGCCAGUGCUGCCGGAGGAGACCUGCCUGUGCCUCCCACUCCGAGCAUGGGGACUUUUGUCACGGCGCAAAACGACUGGGCGCCCGUGAAUCCGGGCAAGUACCGCAACAAGCGAGGGGCCAAGAAGAAGAAGAGAGGCAGAGGCGCGGUGGAGGGCCUGCUGGGAACUCGAACAAAGGACGAGACACGAGAAGGCUAUCUGUACCUACUCUCCAAAUGGCCUCUGCUCUUCUUUGUCUUCUCGUGGCUUAUCGGACUGAGCAUUGCGUAUCUAUCUACGAGAUGGUACAUUUGGUUCUACGAGCACUUCUGGACGUGGCGAGGCCGACGUGAAAUCCUGCGCAAGAACAUGCGUAGAACGUCGAGCUAUAACGGCUGGGUCGCGGCGGCGAAAGAGCUGGAUGACUAUCUGGGCCGAAAGAGCUGGAGAGAAGUGGACGACUUUGCUUACUACGACUCCAAGACUGUGAAGCGGGUGUGGACGCAAAUUCGCAAGACGCGCCUCAGGGCAGAGGCCCUUGAAUUGGAAGGUGACCGGCAGGAGCUGAAGAAGGCUGUUGACGACUUGAGGUCGCUGAUGGAGGCCUGCGUCAAGAAUAACUUUGUUGGCGUGGAAAAUCCAAAGCUGUACAGUCAAACAUACUACGGGACCAAGAACCUUGUGCAGAAUUUCGUUGACGACGUUGAGAAGAGUCUCCGAUUCCUGCUCAAGACGGAACACCUCGAAGCCGACGAGAAGCGGAUCCUGUUCAAGCACAUACACGCCAACUACGGACGAACCGCCCUCUGCCUGUCCGGAGGAGCUACGUUUGCCUAUUACCACAUAGGUGUUGUCAAAGCGAUGCUUGACGCCGACCUCCUGCCCGACGUCAUCACUGGAACGAGUGGAGGCGCACUUAUAGCUGGUCUUGUGGCCACCCAUACAAACGACGAACUGAAGCAGCUUCUGAUACCCGCACUCGCUCAUCGAAUUACUGCCUGCGGUGAAUCAAUGACGACGUGGUUCCCCAGAUGGUGGAGGACUGGCGCCCGCUUCGACUCGGUCGACUGGGCAAAGCGGUGCUCAUGGUUCACGAGGGGUUCCAUGACAUUUAGGGAAGCAUUCGAGCGGACCGGCCGCAUCCUCAACGUCAGCUGUGUCCCAGCCGACCCUCAUUCACCGACCAUCCUGUGCAAUUAUCUCACAAGCCCCGACUGCGUUAUCUGGUCGGCAGUGCUCGCAUCGGCGGCUGUCCCGGGAAUCCUCAAUCCGGUGGUGCUCAUGAUGAAGACGCGUGACGGGACCCUGGCGCCGUACUCCUUUGGCCACAAGUGGAAGGACGGCAGCUUAAGAACGGACAUUCCCAUCAAGGCGCUGAACACGCACUUCAACGUCAACUUUACCGUCGUCAGCCAAGUGAACCCGCACAUCAACCUCUUCUUCUUUUCUUCAAGAGGGACCGUGGGCCAUCCCGUUACGCACCGCAAAGGGCGAGGCUGGCGUGGCGGCUACCUCAUGUCGGCCAUUGAGCACUAUCUCAAGCUGGACAUGAACAAGUGGCUCAAGUUUAUCCGACACGCAGAGCUGCUGCCUCGCCCUCUCGGACAGGACUGGAGCCAGCUCUGGCUGCAAGAGUUUGGCGGCACCAUCACCAUCUGGCCCAAGUCCAUCCCUUCCGACUACUGGCACAUCUUGACAGACCCUGACGCGGAGCGACUGGCGCGGAUGAUACACGAGGGACAGCAGAGCACAUUCCCGAAGCUCAAGUUCAUGUCGAACCGGCUCAAGAUAGAGAGACUGAUAGAGCAGGGAAGGCGAGAGACCAGGCCAUGGGCUCGAAGAGGAAGCAUGCAGAGGAUCUACAGCGACGAUGACUUGAGAAGCAUCCUGCUAGAAGAGAUGGCCGUGACGUCUGCUUCAGUGACGGAGGACGACUCGGAGCUGGAUGGCGAGACGCUUACUACUGAGAUUAGAGCUACACCGUCGCAAGAAGGCGACGAGAAGGAUGAGGUUAGCAUUUGA